GGGAGGAGUUAGAGGAGUGACGUGAGAGGAAGCUGGGAAACUAGGUGAGUGAAGCCAGCGUCACAAACUGGAGAUUCAUUGUACCUUAAAGAGAAAUUCAAAGAAGAUAAACAGAAAGAAAUGGCUUGUUCACCAGUAAACAUGUCCCAGGGUCUGUUGACAUUCAGGGAUGUGGCUGUGGACUUCCCUCAGGAGGAGUGGGAAUGCCUGGACUCUGCUCAGAGGGCUCUGUACAUUGAAGUGAUGUUGGAGAAUUACAGAAACCUGGUCUCUGUCGAGAACUACUGCAUAUGUGAUACUGUCCAUCAACAUGUGAAGACUGAAAAGGAGUCUUGUCAGUGUAAUGAACUUGGUGAAAUGCUUCAUGAACCCUCCAACUGUGCACUUUAUAAUAGAAGUGACAGUACAGAAACAUCUAAUAACUACAGAUGCUGUAACAAGGAUGCCUCUGUUGACUCGUCAAAUCAAAAUAGACAUAAAAUCACGCAUACUGGAAAAGAACAUUGUGAGUCUAAAGACUGUGAGAAAUCUUUAACUUUGUGUUCUGACAUUAGUCAGGAUCAAAGACUCUACAACGCAAAGAAAGAGCACAGACAGGAAAUAUAUGAUGACUAUUUCAGCUCUGCAUACAGUCUCAUACAACCAACAGUCUACAUUAAAGAGAAACCACAUCAGUGUGGCAAAUGUGGGAAAUGCUUCAGUACCUCCUCAAGCCUCACUGUCCAUCACAGAACUCAUACUAAAGAGAAACCCUACAAGUGCAAUGUUUGUGACAAAUCCUUUACCCAGUGCACACAUCUUAAAAUACAUCAAAGACGUCACACUGGGGAAAAACCUUACAAAUGCAAAGAAUGUGGAAAGUCAUUUGUUCAAUUGUCAGCACUUAAAAGUCAUCAGAAAUUGCAUACUGGAGAGAAGCCUUACAAAUGUAAGGAGUGUGACAAAUCCUUUGCCCAUUAUCCCAAUUUCAGGACACAUCAGAAAAUCCAUACUUCUGAGGAACACUGUAGUUGUUCAGAAUGUGGCAGGGAAUUUCAUCAGCUUUCACACCUUAGAAAACAUUACAGACUCCAUACUGGAGAGAAGCCUUACAAAUGCAAUGAGUGUGACAGAUCCUUUACCCACUAUGCAUCAUUAAGAUGGCAUCAGAAAACUCAUACUCCAGAGAUACAUUAUGAAUGCAAAGAAUGUGGUAAGUCCUUUAUUGAAUUAUCACAUCUUAAAAGGCAUUACAGAAUCCAUACUGGCGAAAAGCCAUACAAAUGUGAGAUAUGUGACAAAUCCUUUACUACGACCACAACUCUUAAAACACAUCAGAAAAUUCACACUGGAGAGAAACCUUACAAAUGUAGGGAAUGUGACAAAUCUUUUAUUCAUAGUUCACAUCUUAGAAGACAUCAGAGUGUUCAUACUGGAGAGAGACCUUACAGAUGUAAGGAAUGUGACAAAUCUUUUCAUGAGAGCUCCACUCUUAGAGAACAUGAGAAAAGUCAUACUGGAGAGAAAACUUACAAAUGUAGAGAAUGUGACAAAUCCUUUACCCAGCGUGCAUAUCUUAGAAAUCAUCAUAACAGAGUUCAUACAGGAGAGAGACCUUAUGUAUGUAAGGAAUGUGGCAAAUCUUUUACUACCUGCUCAACUCUUAAAAUACAUCAGACAAUUCAUACUGGAAAGAAACCCUACAAGUGUAUAGAAUGUGAUAAAUCCUUUACCAAUAAUUCAUAUCUUAGAACACAUCAGAAAGUUCAUUCUGGAGAGAAACCUUACAGAUGUAAGGAAUGUGACAAAUCUUUUACUAGCUGUUCAACUCUAAAAGCACAUCAGAAUAUUCAUACUGGAGAGAAACCUUACAAAUGUAUAGAAUGUGACAAAUCUUUUACCCAGGCCUCGCAUCUUAGAACACAUCAGAGAGUUCAUACUGGAGAGAGACCUUUCAGAUGUACAGAAUGUGACAAAUCUUUUACUAGGUGUUCUCACCUUAGAGAACAUCAGAAAAUUCAUAGUGGAGAGAAACCUUACAAAUGCAAAGACUGUGACAUAUCAUUUAACCAGAUUUCAAAUCUCAGAAGACAUCAGAAACUUCAUACUGGAGAGAAACCUUACAAAUGUAUGGAAUGUGACAAGUCCUUUACUCAUAACUCAAAUUUUAGAACACAUCAGAGAGUUCAUACUGGAGAGAAACCUUAUAGAUGUACAGAAUGUGACAAAUCUUUUACUAGGUGCUCCUACCUUAGAGCACAUCAGAAAAUUCAUACUGGAGAGAAACCUUACAAAUGUAUGGAAUAUGACAAAUCCUAUACCCAGGACCCAAAUCUUAAAAGACAUCAAAGAGUUCAUACUGGAGUGAAACAUACCUUUGUAAAUAAUAUAACAUAGUAUUUAUCCAGUAUUCUAUCUGCUUAUAAAUUGUAAGAAUAAGAAACAUGGGAAAUCCUUUAAUGUACUUUUAAAUCUCAUAAAAUAAUGCUAAAAUAAAAAUUUGCGUAUUAUGUCAAAA